AUGGCCAUCACCGCCAAAUUUGACCUUGAGAAUAGGCAGCUUGACGCGAUCAACGCCUUUACAAACAGCUACCUCGAUGAGGAUAUUUAUAUCAAAUUCCCUGACGGCUAUGAACGUCACGGAUGGAUAUUGAAGCGCAUCAAAGCUGUAUAUGGGUUACGACGGUCAUCCCUCCUCUGGAAGCAAGACCUUACAGGAACAUUCAAACAGCUUGGAUUGACCCUAUGUACGGAAGAUCCAUGUAUCUGCAGAAACAACUGGAUCAUAGUCUUCUUCUUUGUGGAUGACAUUGUCUUGCUAUACCGAAAGAAGGAUCAACUAGCUGCAGACCAAAUGAUCAACAGCUUGAAAAGCCGGUACCAAACGAAGGGCUUUGAACACCUGCAGUGGUUCCUAGAGAUCCGACUCCUGCGGGAUAGACCUAAUAGGAAGCUGUGGCUCUUCCAGGACUCAUACGCCGAAGCUAUUGCAAUAAGGUUCAAUCUCGAUCAAACGGAUCACUUCAAAGGAAGCCCUUUUCUAACCGGAAGGUUCCAGCCAAAUCCCCAGACAGCCACAAGGGAUCAGGUUCGCCUCUACCAACAGAAGAUCGGCCCCAUCAACUACGCCGCAGUCAUGACCCGACCUGAUAUUGUUGAAUGGUGUCAAAAGGAAGCUCAUGGAAGUAGCUUGAAAGGCUGA